CAGCUAUUAUCGCCCUGAUAAGAACCUGUGUCUCCCCUUUGAAAAGCUCUACAAGUCAAUAGUGCAAGCCAGGGAGCUUCAGUGCGCUAACAAUACCCAACCCUCUCUCCAUUCAGCUUUUUUUUGGUAGUAUAUAAAUCAGCCAAUAUCGACGUUGCACAUGAGAUUAUAGGACAUUGCACAUAAUACUUUCAACGAGGAACUCCAGAAGGAGAGGGGGGCAUUCACACAGCUUAUAGCGAUGGUUGGACUAUCAUGAUCUCACCAUUCCCCCGCUCAACGUCGCUCCCUGGCGAUGGGCGCAUCGUCGUGAGGCUUCUUCCAGCUGGUGGUAGUGGGCUUGAGACUAUCAGCUAUCAAUAUCCCCUCAAAUUGAUCUCGCCCUCGCCUACAGUGGAUCAGAAAAGCGCACUGGUCUUUCUCUUGUCAUACGGAGGUGGCCUAGUCGGUGGUGACGGCGUCAAUCUCUCUAUUCAUGUGCGCCGAGGGUCGAGCCUCAGUCUAGUCACACAAGGCCACACGAAGAUAUUCAAGUCUCCUUCGCCUGACGUCUUAACAAGCCAAAAACUACGAAUACAGGUGGAUGAAGAGGCCGCAGUCUGCCUCUUGCCGGACCCUGUCCAGCCAUUUGAAGACAGCGUAUACGAGCAGACUCAGGUUUUCAAUUUAGCCAAUCGAGCAUCACUUUGUCUUCUGGAUUGGGUGACACAGGGAAGAGGAGCGCGCGGCGAGGACUGGAGUUUCACGACAUGGACAGGCCGCAAUGAAGUCUGGACACAGGGAUCUGAGGCGGGGCAGAAGGGGAGACUGCUUAUCAGAGACAACAUCAUAUUGAAUCAGGAUGGAAGCAAGCUAGUUGGUUUACCGCUGAGGGACACGAUGCACAAAAUGAGCGUCUUUGGCACACUUAUACUUCGAGGGCCAGUCGUGGAGCCCCUUGGAGAUUUCUUCAUGGCGGAGUUCGCUGCGUCGCCGCGAAUCGGGUCUCGUGACUUUCGAUCAAAAGAGGACCAAGAGAAAGAAUCAGAGGAAAGAUCAGAGCUUGAGCGAUGGCGUUCACAAAGAAUAGACUUGGAAAACCAGCAGGGCAUCCUAUGGUCAGCGGCUCACGUCCGAGGAUGUGUUAUCGUCAAAUUUGGAGCUGCGUCGGUGGAGGCUGGACGGUCAUGGAUCGGGUCCAUGUUGGUUAGGGAGGGCAGUAUAGCGACAUACUUUGGGGACACCGCUCUCAUGUGCGUCCAGCCUUGAGAUGAUUUGACACUUUAUGAUACCUUGCACAGAUGCCACAUUGUAUAUACAUUCCAGGAGCCAACUGGCAGAAGAGAAAGACUAAAUAGCGUAUGUCGGAGUACAUGAAGCUCCGAGGGCUGUGUAACGUUUAUAGUUCCCCUUUCUUCUUUUCUUUUUGCACAUUCUGAUACCGAUUCAUGCUUUACACCAACAGCCACUCCCCUUACACCGCAGCCUGUUCUGUCUUCC